CAGCGCCGUCCCGCGGGUGCGGUGCCGGUGUCGCCCCGCGCAGCCCGGGCCGUGCCGCCGCCAUGGCGCGUCUGGAGCUGGACCGCGCCUUCGCCCGCUCCCCGCGGGGCGCGCUGAAGAUCGCCCGUGUGCUCCUGGCGCUGGCCACCUUCCUCUGCUUCGUGGCCUCGAAUGCCCACGAGGCCUACGCGGCGCUGGCCGGGCUGGAGAUGGGCAUCACCCUCUUGUUCCUCCUGCUCUACCUGCUCAAGCUCGACGCAAAGAUGCGGUGGCUGUUCUGGCCGCUGGCUGAUAUUUUCAACUCGGUGAUUGCAGCGUUGUUCCUCCUCGUUGUGUGCUUGUUUGCAGUAAUAGUCAAGAGCAACAAGGGGACAUUGGCUGGAGGAGUGUUGGGUCUUAUAUUGCUUGUUCUCUGCGUUGUCGACACGGUUCUUCUUUGCAAGAAGAUUAGCCUUGCUAGACCAAGAGGAAGGAAUGCUCCUGCCAGAUAAGAUUGCCGUGUUAGUAAAAGGAUUUCUGCGCUGAUGAUUGUUUCACCACUCUCUUUUAAAGAAUUUGUGUUUUCACGUGUUCACCUUAGAAUUUCCUGUGCAUUGAUGUAUGUUUUUACAAGUAUUGUUUAUACGAUUUUCAGACUUCCAAAUGUAGUUUCAGUGGUGCAGUUAAAGCUUCACAGAAAAUGGUCCUGUUUUUCUAAACUUAAUUACAUUUUUACCUGUAUGAAAAUGAAUUUCAUGGUUGUCUUCUUUCUGUAAUAAAAAGAAAA